UGCACUGCUCCCGUCCGUUUCCUCCUCAAACAGUGAUGGCGUCGCGCGGAGAAGAUGCCGCUGCUAGCGAACCUGCUUUUGGAGAGGAUCGCGGGGAGAGAAAAACAGCGGCGGUGUCAUUUGGUUUCACUAAGAAAGUUAGUAAAUUUACACCGGCCACCGGCGGGGCUCUGACCACUAAAGCUGAAAAAGAUUACUUGACCGGAAUAGUCAAGAAUGAACUGCAGAGCUCAAAACCCACGGAGAAGCCGAAGGAGCUCAUCAUCCCCCUGAUCCAGAAGAACCGCUGGAAGGGAGCGGCCCAGAGCGGGGAAGGCACCGGGAAGGCAGAGGCGCCGGCCCAGGACAGGGAUUCCGUGGAGUCUCAGGCUGUGAAAGAACUGAUCGAAGAUUCACGGAGGCAGCUUGAGCUGUGGCAGAAUGGACCUCAGCCAGAACGCAAUCUCAACCUCUCCAUCCCCCUGCUGAUGCAGAACAAGGUGCCAGAGGGCUUUGAGGAUGGAGACCGUGUGAAGGUGGACCUGCGGCCUGAACCUUCAACAGAGGCAGACUAUGAGAGCAUUCCUGUUGAGGCUUACGGACUCGCUAUGCUGAAAGGGAUGGGUUGGAAGAAGGAAGAGGGGAUCGGACUAACAUUUAAACAAGACGUGAAGCCAAUCGAACACCAGCUCCGGCCAAAAGGGCUGGGCCUCGGAGCGGAUCGUUCAGCGAUAAAGGAUCUCGAGCCAGGCAAGCGUCAGCGUCCCCCGAAGCCUGGCGAGGAGAGGGCCAAGGAGGAGGAACUAGUGAUGGCUCCUGGAGGCUGUAUUUUAGUGCAAUCCGGGGCCCAUAAAGAGCUUUACGGCAAAAUAGAAGGUGUAGACGCAGACAACGCUCGAGUUGUAGUCAAACUGGCAAUCGGCGGGAAGACGGUGACGGUCAGCCAGUACGGGGUCAAACUGGUCGGAAAGAAAGAAUACGAAAAAUACAGCAAGGACCUCAGCCGGCUCAGUAAGGCCCACAAAGACAAGGAGAAGGAGAAGGAGAAGGAGCGACAGAGACUGGAGGAGAAAGAACAGAGAAGCAACAGCGACAAAGUCAAACACCAGUCAUCAGAGAGGGACGAAGGCAAAGCGAGGAAGAGGAAACAGAGAGAAUCCAGUCAGGACAGAGAGAAGCCGCCGGUGAAAGAAGCGAGGCAAGCUUCGGCUCCCCCCUCCUGGCUCCAGAGAGACCUGAAAGUCCGCUUUAUAGACAAGGCGUUUAAAGCGGGCAGGUACUACAACUCCAAGAUGCGAGUGGAGGACGUCCUGACGCCGUUUACCUGCGUGUGUCGAACUGAAGAGGGAAGACUGUUAGACGAUGUGAAGCAGGACAUGUUGGAAACCAUCGUCCCAAAACGCGAACACGACGCCGUGAUGGUGGUCCUGGGCGAGCACCGGGGACAGGUCGGUCGGAUCCUCCAGCGGGACAAGGACAAGUGCAGAGCGAUGGUGCAGCUCGACAGAUACGAGGAGAAAUUGUUCACCCUGGAUUAUGACUCCAUUUGUCACUAUGUGGGAGCCUCAGACCACUGAUGGAGUCCCGUCUCAUUCCUAUGUAACAGAAUUUAAUUUUAAAGCAUUGUGUAACCCCUUUCUUUUUAAAUAAAAACCAUGCGAAGAAA